AUGAAGAAACCAUUUUAUUUAUUUAUAUUGUUUGUAAUAUCUUUAUUGUGUUCUUUUGUUUCAACAGAUAAUGUGUCAAUAAAAGGAGGCCUUUAUGAAAAACAAUAUGAUGCAAUUGACAAAAUAGCGGAGGUUAUGGACCAAAAAUUAGUAAAUCUUUUGUUCCCAAAAACAGAUGGUAUUGCUGAUUAUUGUAAAGGUGGUAAAAUAUUUAAAUGUGUUGGCAAUAAUGUCAUUGGAAUUAAAGCUCAAGGUUCUUUAGAUGAGGAAAAUGACAUGGGACAUAUAGACGAUUCUUUUAAGGAUCUUGAGAAAUUAGAAACAGUAGAAUUAAGUCGUUUUGAUCUAUUUGAUGAUUUUUUAAAUUCAUUAAAUAGAACUAUUAAAACUCUAGUUUUAGAUCAUUGCACAGGUUUUGUAUUUGAAAAAGAUAACACCCUAGUUUUAGAUAAAUUGGAUAUAACAAUUGGUGAUUCAUAUUUUAAAGAAGAAAAAACACUUUCAAUUCCAACAAAAUUCGAAGUUAAAACAUUAAAUUUAGUUUAUGAAGGAAAUGAUGAUACAGUUUCUAUAAAGUUUGAAAAUAUCGAAAAAUAUGAUAAAUUAAAUAGAGUUUGGACUAUUUCAGUAUCAGAGUUCCCAAAAUUAGAUUUAGUUAAUAUGGAUGCAUUAACCAUUAAGUUUAUUGGUAGCAAUAUUUUAAGUUUACAAAAUAUUGCCAAAUAUACCAAAGUUCAGAAAUUAGCAAUAAGUCCCUUCUCAAAAUUAUCAAAUUUUGAAAUAGAUCCUGUAUUAUUUAAACACUUAAAGGAAUUAAUUGGAGAUAAAGAUUCUGUAUUAACUUAUUUUGGUACUGAUAUACCAAUCAAACCAACAACAGAACUAAUUGAUCUCAGAACUGGUAUUAAAAGAAAAGUGUUACAAGAAAUAGAAAUUGUUAAUGCUAAAAACUUUACAUAUGACAAUGGUAGUUUGGGAUUCCCAUUCAGGGGUUUUGUAGACUCUUUAACAAAAUUAACUUUUAAUAAUUGGAUGGGAGGAAAGUUUGAUUUAAGUAAAAUAGAAAAUAAUAUUGAAACACUUAAAAUGAGAUCCUCAAAUUUAAAUACAUUAUAUAGUGAUUUGGGAAUAACCACAACAAUCCAAGAUUUAGAUUUAUCCGGUAGUGGAGUUAAUGGAGCUAUUCCAGACAGUGUAUGCAGCAUUUCAAAAUUAAAACUUACCAAUAAUAAUUUAUUUGGUGUUUUACCAUAUUGUUAUAGUUGUUACCCAGCAUUUAAUGUAUCAUUUGACAAAAACACUUUCAUUGACUCACCCUUAAAUGAGUGUGAUUAUGAUAAAAUUUAUGAAAGCAUUGAAGUUAAAUUAAAUAAAAAUGGUGAUUUAAAGAAUAUUAUUCUUACAGGUGAUAAUAUUGGUUUUACUGCAGAAGAGUUCAACAAAGUUAGCGAGAUUCAAUGGAUAGUAGGAGAAGCAAACAAAAGGUUUUUUAAGAAUGGUGUCAAUAUUAGUGAGGAUGGUUAUACCAAAAUUGCAUUUAAUGGUGUAACUGAAUUAUAUCCAUAUUCAUGGAAAAUUAUGGGUGUCGAAUCUAUAUAUAUUAAUAAAACAUCCUCUAAAUCACAAAUCACAAUCUAUGGUAAUCACUUCCCACCAAAACCAAGUUAUAUUAAAUCACCAAAACUCGACGGUAAAGAAUGCGAGGUAAAGUCAUCAAAUUAUUUAAAAAUCAUCCUUGAAUGUCCAAAAGCAAGUGGAACCAAAAACAUCACUUUUGAAAGAGACUUUAAAGAUAAUCUUAAAUACGAAAAGGAAAUUAACUUGGAUAAUGACAAAAUUAUAUUUUGUAAAGAGACAUGUGAAAAUGGAUGUAAUACAAACACAGGUAAAUGUAAUCCCUCAAAAGACAGUUCAGAAAACUCAAAAAAAGGAGAAAAUAGUAGCAACGAGAGUGAAGAGAGUGAAGAAUAUGACAGUGGAUCAAUUGGAAAAAAAGAUAAUACAAGUAAUGUUGUUUUAGGAAUUGUCAUUUUAAUAUUUGUAGUCGGUUUGGUAUAUUUUGGAUAUAAUAAAUUUAUUGCACCAAAUAGUACCUCAACCAAUAAUAGCUCCUAUAGAAAUUUAACUGCUCGUGAUGAAGAAGAAUUUGAAGAUGGUAUCCCAAUGAAAUCAGUCGAAGAUCAAGAAUUUAAUAAUAAUAACAAUAUAAUAUAUGGUAAUAGUAAAGAAUUGAAUCAAAUUAAAUUAAAAGAUUAUUGUAGUUCAUUCGAGCUGGUUCUUAAAUAUGGGUUGGUUUCAAAAGAGUGGUUUUCAAUGAUAUCGAAUGGAAUUAAAUAUUUAUCAUCAAAAAUUAAAUAUAAUAGACUUUCAGAUAAAUGUCUAAUCAAUCCAUAUCAAAUUAAACAUUUCAUUCAAGAGGUAUAUUAUAAAUAUAGAAGAGAAGAGUAUGGUUUCGAAGAAGAUGAAGAGAAAUUACUUCAGCUAUAUCCGAACCUUGAGGAAAUUAGAUAUCUAAUCACAAUGGACUAUUCAGCAACACCCACAUCCAGCAACCAUUUAGACAAUGAAGAGUUUUAUUUAAAUUAUUAUAGUGGUGAAAAAAUAUUUAAAAUUAAACCAAUUAAUCAUUUAAAAAAAUCAGUAAAAUCAAAAAUAACAUUAUAUAUUGAAUCACCAACGAGUUAUGAACCAUUGGUAAUCAGUGGGGGAUAUUGCCAAAGUCAAAGGGUGCUGGUGGACCAAUUAAUAUAUAGCAGUAAAUUUGGCAGUUGUUCAAACGAUUUAAUAAAUUUAAUUAAAUUUUUUUUUAAGACCAAUAAUUUAACCACAUAUAGUGUCAAAGAUUAUUUUAGUUAUUCAAAAGACUUAAUUGAUUCAUUAGAUCCCACUUUAGAGUCCAUCAAAAUAUUAGGUAAUAAUAGUUUGGAACCAUAUUCACUAUCAAGCCUAUCAAGGUUUAAUCAACUAAAAUCAAUUCAAGUUCAAUACCAUAUCCACGAUAUAUUAUAUCAUAUAGGCUUAUCAUCAAGUUUUAUAAAUGACCACAGUUUUAUACCAAAAUUUAAAGAAUCAGAUUACUAUGGCGAAAAUAACGAUCUAAGAAAUCCUUGUUACAAACCAUUCGAUGAUGACAUCAUAUACCCCUUUGGGAAAUCCAUCAAAAGACUCUGCAGCGUUGCCGACGACUGGUAUGAAAUGUGUGAGUCAUUAGCAAACAACAAUCAUUUAUUAAAUCUUUCAAUUGGUAACUCAUGUAUACUGGAGGAAGGUGUGCAUCCACUAAGAAGAUAUAUGAAUGAUGAAAAAUUUUAUAUUAGCGCCAAAGGUAAAGAAAAGUACUAUUCAAGUGAAGAAGAGUCUGAUAGAUUCGAUCUAGAAGAAAAAGAAAGUGACAGCGAAACCGAUAACGAAAAUAAACCAUCAGAUUCCCCGAUCGAAUAUAUUAAUUGCUCAGUAAUUGAUGAUGGCAGUGGCGGUGUAAUAGUGUUUGGUGGAAUACCCAACAAAUCAAAUAGUGAUUGUAGUAGCAGCGAAGAAGAAAAUGACGAUGAUUACAUAUACGAUGAUUCAGAUAUAGCCAGAUGCGAAAAAAAAAUAACCAACCGAUUCAAAAAGAAAAAAAAAAGAAAAGAAAAAAAAUAUCAAGAGUAUUUAAAAUUUUUAAAUGAUAGAAAAAAUAGAGAUACUGAUCAAUUUAAAACACAUUAUUAUCAACUAUUCAAUGAAUUCUCACUUCCCAAAUCAUUUACUGAACCUUUAAAAUUAAUCAUUUCAAAUAAUGUAUCACUUCAAUCACUCACUUUAAAAAAUUUCGAUAUAGAUAUAAACAUAUUAUCAGCUUUCAAAAAUAAUAAUAAUAUUUUAUCUUUAACACUGGUGCAUGUGUUAACAAAUAUCCAACUCGAAGUAUUUUUGGAAUCAAUUUUACCAACAAUGUCAAAUUUAAAAUAUUUAACUAUUGAUGGUAUUACAAAACCGGGCCAAAACAUAACCCCAAAUUUAAAUAGUUUAUUAAAGGAAAUCUCAAAUCUAAAAUUAAUUAAUUUUAAUUUUAAUAAAUAA